GUGCAUAUUGAAAAUGUACAAACAGCUGGUUGCUCUAUCGGCUCUCUAUAGAUCAAACAAAAGUGUGAAUCCCAUCUGCAUCAGAGAGGUUUGGUCUUAUGUUCUGUACAUGUGUCAGUGUGUAUGUGAGAUUAAUGAGGGUCAGACAUAGAUGGAAAUACAAACAAAAACAAAUCACACUGAGAGCUCCAAAAUAGGCAUCACACACAUGUUGGCAUAUUCAGAAAAGCUCUCCCUAUUUGGUGACAUUGACAGGGGAAAGCUGGGAGGCACUCCUGUCCUAGAUAGAACGCAGACAUCCUUCAGCAAGUCAAAGAGAGAGGCACACAUGCACAGAAAGUGAGACAGAGAGGCAGACUGUCGGGGAGGCAGAAAGAAAGGCAAGCAGACGGGGAAAAAAAAGAAGGGGGACAGACACAAGGACAAACAGAGACAAUUAGGAGGCAGAGACGAAUGGGGACGCUGCUGAAGCAAGGAUGAAUGAGCAGGAAGAGAGCGCAGGAAUAAUGAAGAGGUGGUUGCACCAUCUGCUGCCCGGGAGAGAAACAUGUUAGCCUUUCAGACAAGAGCAGGGAGGCAGCCAGCGAUUUGCAGUGAGAUACCAACAACCCCUCCUGAAUGAUGUUUCCAUAACAUCCCUCCUGCCAUCUCUGCAUCACAACAGAUCUCAGCAUCUGCUCAAGUCACUGCGUUUAAAUGAUCAUUGAGAAAAAAACAAAGCUCAGUGAUAACAAGUGUUACCGUAACAGAGAAGCUGUCCAUGUCCUGACAGCUGGGUCAGGUCCCCGAUCCUCAUGUGUGUCAUCACCCUUCCUUCCCGUCAUAAAGUCAGAACAUACCAGCAGCAGAGCAGGAAUUAAUGCCACGUUUCUAAUUGCAAUGUUGGCACAUCAAUCUGGAUGCAGAUGACAUUUAAUGGCAGACAGACACAAUGGAGAGCCUGCAGCUAAAAGGGAGGAGAUUUUCAAUGAAGAGAUCCACGCUGCUCUGAAGGGUCCCACAGUAAUUACAAGCAGCAGCAUCUUUGUUUUGCUCUCAGUGGAAAUCACUUUGAGGACAGGUACGGUGCAGCUGGUAUGUUUUAGUUUGACUAAUUACUUAAUCAUCUUGAGAGCUUUGGUAAAGAAUCAAGGUGGCGCCCCGUAUAAUGCACACUCCAGCCUCCAUGGUGAUGGGGAUUGUCUUCGCCCCUUUGGGACUGGUGCUCGUCUUCACUGCCGCCAUCACCCCUCAGUGGAGAGAAGGACAGGCAAGUCUGGGCAUAGCUGUGUCGGGGUCGCUCCUUAGGUCGGGAGUGAAAGGUCAGGGCACAGGGGUCAGGUCUGGGUCGGUGGAGUCGCUGCUCUUACUGCGCUCCGAUGGACUUUGGGAGAGCUGCCUCCAGGUGGAGCAUUCAGAGCUGAAGCAGUGCUGGCCCGUGGCAGGUCCUUAUCAGAGAGACCCGAGGGUUCGCCUGGCACAAGGUUUGAUCCUGACCUCGUUGUUCCUGUGCGGCACUGGCAUCGUUCUAGCGUGCAUCGGGGUACGGUGUUGGACGGAUAUACCUCUGAGAGGUGUAGCAGCCACAGGUGGACUCCUGGUGAUGAUUGGCGGGCUGCUAAGCCUGACUGCCCUCGGGGUGUACACACACAACCUUGCAAGACUGGGGUUGGCAGAUCCAAGUCAGGGGAUCAAUAACCCCAGGUUCCCUCAGCUGACCCUACGUGCAGCCGGCUCGCUCUACUUCGGGUGGCUGGGAUCAUGUUUACAGGUGCUGGGAGGAGGUGCUCUGCUGUUGAGCUUCAAACGACCAAGAUACCCGACCUGCCCUUCCUGCCCUCAUCUGCCUGUCUGCCCUGCAUAUCCUUCAUGUCCAGAGAUCACCAACAAGCCAGACACUGAUGUGUAUGAAGUCAGCUGUUAGAAUGCGACACUUAAAAUCCUUAAAGGAACAGUUCAACCCAAAAUCUUCAAUAUAUUUUCUCUUACCUGUAGUGCCAUUUAUCAGUCUAGAUUGUUUUAGUGUGAGUUGCUAAGUGUUGGAGAUAGCAGCCAUAAAGAUGUCUGCCUUCUCUCCAAUAUAAUGAAACUCAAUUUCACUUGGUUUGUAGUGCUCAAAGGACCAAAAAUAAUUAGGGCUGUCAAGAUUAAUGCGUUAUUAACGAGUUUUAUGACACGCAGUUAAUGCAUGUAUGCUCUGUAAUUAUGACCCUCGGGCCACCCUGUAGUUUGGGAAAUCAGGAAGUGAUGCAGCAGUAACAUUGUGGAUGGCAAGCAGAAACAAACCUCUGUGAGCAGAUAUGGAUAAAGAAAGGGUUUUUUUAAAAUGGCAAGUUCAGCUUCAAAGCUUCAAAUGGUUCUUUCAGCAAGACCAAAGUUAUUUGCAUGUACAGUCGAUGCGAACUAAGUUACUGCAGGAGUACACUGAGGAGCUUAAAGAAAACAGGUAAUGUUUAGUUAAGCUCUACAAGUGUUAAGUCGGACACUACAUUGUGUUAGUAUUACUACGUAAUGUUACAUUCAGGUCAAUACGUCCAUCUGUUGUUGCAUGUUGGGCUUGAGUUUGCCAUGGUGGCCCGGUCUCACUCCAAAGUCAUUGAAAUGUCGUCGCUUGAGCAGUAACUUGCAGCAUCAGACACGGACUCAAAAACCUGUCCUUUAGCAUCCUUUGCAUCAGAAACCAACAAAAAAGGCCUCCUUUAACGUCAACAUGACAAGCAGCUGGUUGCCAUUAAAGUUUAACAGCACCCGACAAUGUCAAGGGGAAACGCUGCGGGACAUGGAUGAAAGUUCAGGCGGCAAAAGUCCAAGUGGGGCGGGUGGGACAGGUGGUGGAUGGGUCCAACAAACAUCGACUUUCACCUGAGAGAGCAGUGUUUUCCUAAACCCAUCCACGUGCGUUUGUUGUUGAAGGAAAAAAACAUCAAUUUGCGGUGUUGUACCUACGUAGUGCGGUUAUUUCCUGUGAAAAAAGAAGUGUAUCUUGAAAGAAGACAAUGCAUGUAACAGGCAAAACUUGACACGGUGUCCCAGAACGUCAACAACCACUGCACCCAGAAUAUCUCAAGAGUGCACGUCGUACAUUAACGUGGAGAGUCCAUGACCAAAACAUCAAUAUGUGAUGGGAUCAGAGUAUUGAAAACUAUAAAAAAAUAUCCCUUUAAGGUACAUUUAAAACAGAUAACAAAAUGUGCGAUUAAUUUGUGAUUAAUUGUGAGUUAACUGUGGACAAUCAUGCUAUUAUUGUUGAUUAAAUAAUUUAAUCAGUUGCCCUAAAAAAAUACUUUUGAGCACCCGAGCAGCAGAGUGCCAUCUAGUUCCAUUAUAUCAGAGAGAAGGCACACAUCUCUACGGCCCAUAUCUCCAACACUUGGCAACACACAGCAAAACAAUCUAGUUUUAAAAAUAGCACUACAGGUACACUCUAAAAGUGAUCUAUGCGGUUAGUGCAUAACACUUAAAAUUAAGGUGUUUUUUGGCAUUUAAAAAAUGAGUUUGUUUCAUUAAUUUCAGACAGUAGAUAACUUAUUUUAAGAAGUCGGUCAAAAUCAAAAACAUUUUUGACAUUUUUUUAGUAGGAUGUAAUUAAAAUAAACAAGUUGGAAUAUCUUAAAUAAACUACUUUGGCCACUAAAUGUCAACACAACUUUUGGAUAAAUAUUAAGUUGGCGCAACGUAAUUAAUGUUUUUUUCAAGGUCAAAGCAAAUCAUGUUGGUUGUACAUGAUUAGAUAGAGUUGGAACUACCAAUUUUUUACCUUAGUUUUUUACGUUAAACCAGUCCAUCAAUUUUUAGACUAUGUAUGAUGUAUUUUUGAUUUUGGGGUGAACCCUCUUUUUAAAGACAACAUGAGUACAAAAACAAAUAAACAAAUCGGGACACGUGUGCACUUCUGAAAGUCACUUCCAGCUCAUCAGCUGAUAAAUCUGCCAUCUAAUAAAAUGAGUCAGUUCAUAAAUGACUAUGACCCACAGGACGCUAUCACUACCUGAUGAAUGGACUGUAAUAUCAGGUGUGAACAUGAUGGAUGUAAUCACCUCUUGACGUAGACAGAAACAUAAUUUUGGGGUGUAAAACUCAAAGCGAUGAAUGGUCAUGGUUGAAAAGAGCUCAAGUUCCCGCUGCCUUUAAAUGCAACAUGUAGUGAAACAUGACUGAAGUAUCUCUUUGUGCUGCCUUUGACAUUGUAGCCAUGCCUUUGUACUGUUAGCAAGAAGCGUGACAUUUUUUUGUGUCCGAACAAAACUGUGAAACGCAAAAAAAAAUUUGUGAUAAAUGAUGAGUUGCUUAGAUAAUGUUAGGGCUCAGUACAGUUGAAGGAGCUUGUUUUAGAUUACCACUGUACAUUUUUAAACCCUGGAUUUCAUCUGUAAAUUGGUGAGAAUGCUGUUUUCAUUGCAAAUAUGGUUCUCUGGAGCAGAGACAGCAAUCUUGAACAAUUUUCUGCUGAAGUACUUGCAGUCUGCUUUCAAUAUUUUUUUUUUUUUCGAUUCAGGCACUGCAAGCAAUCAAAAAGACCAAUUUUGGAAGUCAGCUCACAGUAAACACAACAUAAAUACUCUGCCAGUUCCUCAGCCUGCCAGGAUUAAAUCUUUGUAUGAUAUUUCACUGAAGAGCCUUCAUCUGAUGAAUGUGAGUUGAAAACACAAACAGUGAGACAAGUGUUUGAGGAGGAGGAUGUACAACAGGGUGUUGUUUGUUCUCUGUAAAUUAUUCCUUGGUGUUUACAGUGUGUUCAUAC